AUGAUCAUCCUGAGACGUCGACGAUGGCCUUCCCGUGUGAGUGUCUUCGAGCUGCCGUUGGACCCAGGUUGGUUGCGGACAUCGUGUUGCAACCUAUUGCCAAAAUAGCUCGCCCACCUUUGACGGCACGACCACAAUUUCCACCGUCACCCACUGUUAUGCACGGCCUCCAUCCUGAAACAGGUGGUUCCGUUCGAUUGCGAAGUAUAACAUGACGAAGAUGCACUGCACCAAUGGACAUAUGGUCCACAUCCACUUGAUCUGAUGUGCUACUGUUAUAUAAGGCUGUCAGGAUUCUAGUACUCUCGACGCGUUUGUUAUCUUCAUGGCAAACUCGGGCCUCGAGGAUCUUCUCAACCACAGCGUGGGGUAUACAUUUAUUGGGUUGUUACUUGGGCUGAUUUUCUACGGCUUUGUCUUGGCGCAGACGGUGUACUACUUCCAUAACUAUCCUAAAGACCCUCUGUGCAUCCAAGCACUGGUGGUAUUUCUGUGGUCACUCGAUACGGCGAGGACUUGCUGUGGUUUGCAUUACCUCUGGGUGUGUCUCGUCACAAGUCAUUCGAAUGUAUCUGGUACAGCUCAAUUCACGACCACGGCGAUUGCGGAACACUUCCUUGCAACCUGGAUUAUUGUGGUCGUCCAACUAUUCUACGUCUACUCCUGUUGGCGCUUUAUGGAUCAACAAAGGCAUCGUAAUAUCUUGACUGUAACAAUGGUGGCGCUGGCCUUACUAUGCUUUUGUACGGUCAUCAUUCAUUCUCCGGUCAAUCAGUAUCACUGUAUAGUUUCACACUCAGCCGGAGGCCUGGGUACACCUCGAAACGGGUGAAUCGUGCGUCUAACGUGGCGAUAGCAGCUGCGGGACACGGUGUACGAUACGUGGGGAGCACAUGCAAGCCAGGCGUCGGACAGCUGACGGGA